CUCUUCAUUCCUUUCUAGCUACAUCUGCUACUACAUUGCUAUGUGCUAUGCAGCACGUGCAUUUAUUUACGCCCCCAAGAAGCCUUACUCGAGCAUUGGCUUGGCCAGGUAGUCGGGAUGGCGCAUGAUUCAAUCGAGUUAGCAUGGUCGGGUAAGCAGCAGGAGAGGAUCACCAUUGCGUUUCUGGUAUUAGCUUGGUUCUUCAUUCUACUUCGAAUAUGGACGCGGAGCUAUAUCAUAUCGAGCUUCGGCUGGGAUGACACAACUAUGAUACUCGCGGGAAUGAUUUUUACAGUGUACUGUUCAGGACAGUUCUACAUUGAAGCAAAUGGUGGCGGAACACAUGUUAGCAGUGUCGCCCAGCUUCAAUCACUCACCAAGUGGGUUGUCGUCAGCGAGGCAACAUACAUUAUGGCUAUGAUGGUUCUCAAAAUCUCUUUAGGAAUAUUCUUCGCACGCAUAAUCGUCCAACGUUGGCAAUUUCUUCUCAUUUACAUCACCGUUGGGGUCAACAUAGUUUCCUCGGCCGCGGCAUUCUUCUACUGCCUGUUCAGAUGCGGCCCUGAUUUGAACAACUAUGUUCUACAGCAACUCUCCGAGAAAUGCACACCCCAAGCCCUGGACCGCUUCAUGGCAUAUCAGCAAGCCGCGUUCACCACGCUGACAGACAUCAUAUUCUUCGCACUCCCCAUCUUCAUCCUAUGGAACGCGAACAUGGGCAGGAAAUCAAAACUAUCCGUGGGCUUCAUCCUCUGCCUCGCCGCGCUGGGUUGCAUAUGUUCCAUGAUACGAUUCCGCUAUGUCGACGGCCUCACCCAAGUCGACGACUUCUUCUGGAACGCCGUCAACGUGGCAAUUUGGUCCACAAUCGAAGCCGGUGCUAGCAUCAUUGCCGGCUGUCUCGCCACCUUACGGCCGCUCCUGAAACGUUUCCUUACUGAAGCGAGGCGGACGAGCGGCCUGUCUAGCCGCGUAAAGCAGUUCUCGAAGAGUCUGAGGUCGAGCGAGCGGUCCAGUGGAGGAGGCUCAAACGGGAGCUCUAUACCGCGUUCCAACACGACCAAGUCGAUAUAUGAGGGUGGAGGGCGCGGGACCACAAGAACCGCUGCUGAAGAGCCAACCUUCUUCGAGUUUCUGGCGUCUCCGGGUGAGGAGGUGAUUGCUUUGAGUUCAGAUAUUGGGAAGGAGCGGAGUAGUACCGAGCGCAUACUUGCUCGAGAUCAGGAUUCUGUACUAGACUUCCCGUGGCCGGUGGAAUCAAAAGAUAGUCGACAGCAAGACGAUAGGAGAAGGCAGACUGUACACACGAGCUGGAUGUCGAGAGGCGUUGCUAAUGGUGGUGGUAGUACGUUGGACAGACCAGUCUCCGCGCCGGUAUCGCCAGACUCAUACGCAAGGGGAUUAGACAACGCUGUAUAGCAGCUCUACAAGGCAUAAUGUCACCGAAAUAGAACAUGAUUUGAAGGCU